GGAUGCUGUCCAAGGGCGAUCCACCAGACCUAGAACCAGCCCUUUGCUUUGUUGUAUAUAUCCUUGCCUUCCACGCGUCCCUACAGCAUUCCUCUCUCUAUCCCUCUCGCAACCAUCCCCUCCAUUCACCUUGCUUGACGAGCCCACGGCGGCAACCUAGGCCUCCAGUGCCUUGACCUACGCCCUUCCGCCGCCUGCCGCGCAGCAUGGCCUCCUGGUUCCCUCGCCGCCGCGAUGGCGGCGAGCGCCCCGUCGAGGACAAGCCCCGUACGUGGAAUAUGGGCAUGCUUAACGAUCCGGACACCAUUGAAGUUCCGGGCUCGGUUCUCCUCCUCGCAAAGGACCGCAACGAACCCCUUGGCCUGCGCAACGCCCCAGCCCGCACCUCCCACUCCUCCGUGGCUACCGGCUGGGCCCCAGAUGUGCCGCCGCCCACACCGCCGCCUGUCGACGACAAGAAGAAGACGCAGGACGGCAACAUCAUCCUCGAGCCUCAGCCUGACGAUUCGCACAAUGACCCGCUCAACUGGCCCGCCUGGCGCAGAGAUUGCGCGCUCCUCUCGCUCGGCCUUUACUGCAUGGUUGGCGGUGGCAUCACUCCGAUCCUCGCCGCCGGCUUCACCGAUGUCGCAGAAGACUAUGACGUCCCUGUUGAGCGGGUCGCCUUGACGACAGGUCUCUACAUGAUGGGCCUCGGCAUCGGUAGCACAAUCUUCUCUCCGACCGCCAUUCUUUACGGCAAGCGGCCUAUCUACCUCUUCAGCGCCAUACUGUUUAUUCUCUCUACCGUCUGGUGUGCUCUGUCGCCAAACUUCAUCUCCCUCCUCAUCGCCCGGAUAUGCCAGGGCAUCGCUGUCAGCCCCGUGGAGUGCCUGCCGUCCGCCACCAUCGCAGAAAUCUUCUUUCUGCAUGAGCGUGCCUACCGUAUCGGCAUCUAUACUUUGCUCCUCCUGGGCGGCAAGAACUUGGUCCCUCUGGUCAGCGCGGUCGUCAUGCAGGCGCUUGACUGGCGCUGGGUGUUCUGGAUUGUUGCCAUGAUUGUGGGCUUCUGUGGGACCCUGCUCUUCUUCUUCGUGCCAGAGACCUUCUGGGACCGCUCGCCGAUCCCACGAAACCGGACCAAUCACCACCACCUGAAGCGACCGAGUUUCCUUAGUAGACGAUCAACCUCGAAGCAUGUGCCGCAGCUCCCGCCCAAGACCUUGGACGAGUCUGCGCCUGGCAGUGGCGGCAUCUUGGAACCAGACGUCACAGAUGAGAAGGUACACCACACAGCUGAAUCGUCUGCGGGCCCAACUUCCCGGCACAAGACAGCCCACGUGGGCUUUGCGCCUGAAGCCAAUGAGCCAGAGGACCCUGCCACGGAAGCAUCCGUAGGUCAGCAUGCCCAUGCUGCUUCGAAUAUGCCGCCCACGUUCGGCAAUAUCGACAUUCCCGACCGCCCCCGCGUUUCGCGGACCCACACGGAGCACAGCGUAGUUCCUGCCUCGCCUCACCCGGAUCUGGAAGCACAGUCUGUCACAAUGGACGCAGCGUCGUCGAGAGGCCACGGUACUGGUACCGAUACCGCAAGCGAGAAGCUGUCGCUUUCAAACUUCCCCACUGCGACACGUGGGCAGAUGUAUACACAUACUUUGCGGCAGGCACCUCCGAAAUCUUUCACACAGCAGCUUCGUCUUCACAACGGUCGGCUCAACCAAGACCGGUGGUGGAAGGUAGCUCUGCGGCCAUUCAUCUUGUUCUCGUACCCAGCGGUCCUUUGGUCUGCCGUUAUCUAUUCCUGCUCUGUCGGCUGGCUCAUUGUCAUCUCUGAAUCGGUUGCUGUCGUGUUCCGCGAAGGCAAGUACCACUUCAAUGCGUUGCAGACAGGACUAGUCUAUCUCUCCCCCUUCAUUGGAGGCGUGUUGGGCACUGCCGUGGCUGGCAAGGUCAGUGACAUUGUGGUCAAGGCCAUGUCUAGGCGCAAUGGCGGCCUCUAUGAGCCUGAGUUCCGCCUCGUCAUGGCGAUUCCUGUCGCCAUCACGACUACAAUGGGUCUGAUUGGGUUCGGCUGGACGGCGUCUGCGGAAAGCCCGUUCAUCCCCAUUGUGUUCUUUGGUAUCGUGUCGUUCGGGUGCUCCCUCGGCUCGACCACUUCCAUCACAUUCUGCGUUGACAGCUACCGCCAGUACGCCGGCGAGGCGCUUGUUACGCUCAACUUCAGCAAAAACGUCUUCCACGGCCUUGUCUUCAGUCUGUUCGUCACGGAGUGGCUGACACAUGACGGCCCCAAGACGGUCUAUAUCUGGAUCGGCAUCAUUCAGCUGAUUGCCUGUCUGUUCUCUAUUCCCAUGUAUAUCUUUGGCAAGCGAGCGCGCAUGUGGACGGUUAGAAAGAACUUGAUGGAGAAGUUCUAGAUCUGCAUAUUCCUGUCUUGGCUGCAUACAUUCUACUUGGCGUUUUGGUUACAGAUUGCAUAGCAUAGAGCAUCGCAUGGACUUGUCGAUGGGCGACAAUCCGAUAAACCAAGGUUAUCAUUGCUUUUCUUGAGACGGCUACAUUGUGAAGGCUUAUCUGGACUUCUGAAGGAAACCUUGGAACGAACAGGCAGCCGUGUCAUACCCCGCUUGGUGGGACGGUGCAUCAAGAUGUCCCCGCAGACACCCAUGCCUUGCAUGACAAAGACUACGUCUGCUUUCCGUCUCGUUAGCAGGCGUCUAUGCCGCCGUACAAGCAUAUGAGCCUGACAACAGUAUGGCACUUGUAGAAAAGUCUGUCAAUACUACCUUAGGCACCCUAGGCGGUGGAUACUCGAU